AGUAAACUCACUAAAUCCGCGAUCGAAUGCCACGACUACUUGACUUUACAGCGACACUAGCGAAUAAAGUUGUAUAAUUUUUGACGCGAUUCUAUACGUUUUGCAUUUUCUGAAUAGCGACAAAACGUCCGUGCAUCUUUUCUAUUUUUCCUCCGGAAGUUUACUAAAAAAUGAUGCAACCUGCUCAGAAGAGUACGCGUGAGGCUUUUCCCUUGCAGAAAGUAGUGGAGAGUGACGAUGUAGUUGGCUUCGUAAACCGAUUGGACCAAGUCCGCGAGAUCCUGAUCGAGGAUCGUCGCUAUGACCAAUGGUCGUGGGGUUUAUUGCACUUCGUUGCGGGGUACUCGGCCGUAAAUAUUUUCGACUUUAUUUUCACGGGAAAAAUUCCACCUACAAAUCCUAUCACCAUUACGAAGGACGAGGCUCCUCUUGCUGUCGCUGGUGCAAAGAACUCUGCAGCAGAAAAUGGAGCUAUUUCCAUUGGAAAAUCCUUGUUGGAGGAGUUAGUGGAAAGAAAAAUCGAGGAGAAGAGAUCGGAAGUAGCCUCGAAAGAGGAAGUAAAAGACGAAGAAAGCGCGUCUGAUAGCACUGUGGAUGAGGCUGCUGUUCGGAAAAACGUUGUAUCUCGAUUAUUGUUGUGCCCAGCAGUCGACCGCGAAUUGCCUAUGCACUUGGCGGCACAAAGCGGCGGCGACAUAAUAAUGCGCCGAUUAUUGGCCCUCGAGAGCAAAGAACUCUGGGGUAAAAAGAUGGUCCGCUCAUUGCAGGUGAUGGGUAAAAAUGCUGAUGGUCAGACGCCGCUGCAUGUCGCUGUCGAGCAUGUAGGGGCUAAGCGCGACCUAAACUUUUUAGCGGUACUGCUGCAACACGGUGGCAAGGACGCCCUGUUCUUGAAAGACAAUGACGGGUGCGACAUUUUCACGCUGGCUCACGCGAUGACCAACCGAGGAGCUGAGAUCGAGGCGCUGCUACUCACAGAAAUGAAGAAUAUAAGAGCAUCAGCAGGUGGCGUCGUUGAGGUGGUUCGGAAAAGCAAUAAUGAAGCGAAGUUAUUAUCUCCGAAGAUAUCAUCUGCCUCAAAGGCUGGAGCGUGAGGGAAAUUCCCCACAGUUGAGCGCCGCCCUCCCAUUGUCUUUCUGCUCGUCCCUUGAAAAUUUCGAUCCCGUUCCCGAGUUUUCCUUAAUACACUAACAUCCUCACGGCAAUGUCUUGCACGACUCUCUCGAUUACUUAAGUAUUCUCUAGAUCAUGCGAUGAAGAUUUGCCAGAAUCAUGCAUCACAUUUUACGCAAAGCACCUUCCGACAUCUUCAGGCACUUAAGCAAUGUAUGAGGUUUGCGUUUUAAGAUAAUUGACCUCGUGUACGUG